AUGGGUUCUAGCUCGGAGCCUUUCCAAAGUAAUGGUGCGUAUAUUUCACAGGAGGCGCUGAAGCUGAGUGGAGGUUGUGUGAACGUACUGGUCAACAACGCGGGUGUCUACUUCCCCAUGAGCCUCGAUGAAGGCCCCAACAAGGGGCAGGGACCUCUGGAUGGCGACCCGGACGACUGGGACAAGCAGACGCACAUAAAUCUGAUGGCGCCCAUGCGGCUCACGCGAAUGCUGCUGCCUCCCAUGAAGGAAGCAGGUCAGGGCCAUGUUGUGAACAUAGCAAGCAUAGAAGCGCUCUACCCCUACCCGUCAGCCCCAGCCUACUCAGCCACCAAGUGGGGUCUGCGCGGCUGGUCCAAGGCACUCUUUGCGGCACGAGCGCUGAAGAGUGACAACAUCAAGGUGCUGACAGUAAACCCGGCGCAGACCAGCACGCCGAUGACUUGGUCACGCCCCGACGCAGAGUAUCUCCCCGAGAAGAUGAUUCAGCCGUCCGAGAUCGCCGAGGCCAUCAUCAUGACCUUCCGGCUGAACCCCAAUGCCUUCAUAGAGGAGAUCACUCUGCAGACGGCUGAGCCGCCCAAGAUAGAGAAGUGA